UUAAUCGGCUAAACAAAUCUAAUCGGCUGAACAAACUUGGUUAGAUCACUGUUCAGGCUAUAAAUAAAGUAAACCCUCCCCUCGUAGGGUUUUAGCCGGAAAUCUCUCUCUCUCUCUCUCUCUCUCUCUCUCUCUGAGUUACGCUAGACGCAGAUGCUCUCAAAGACUGAUCAUUUUUGUUAUGUCCGAUCAAAAGAAGAAAGAAAGGUUGAGAGUUCCAUAAAAUCAGAGAAUCAGUAAAAGGAAAUCUUAUAUUCGUGUUUCUAAAAUGAUUUGCCAACAAUUCAGCCAUUUGUUUGUCUCUUCUGUUGUUCCUGAAAACCCUUGUACUAUCCAUUUCACGCCUCUCAGAAUUAGAUGCUUUAGCAGUCAUAGGACUGCCCAAAAUCCCAAACUCUCUCUUGCUGACCCAACUCAGUCACCCCUUCCUCUUCCUACCAGCCGCAUUUCUCGUAUUGCGCGGUCCGUGGCGCAAGAUGCACUCUUUGAUUACUUGCAUUGUACUAGAUGCUUCCACUUCACUGAUGCAGAGCACAUUAGCAAGAACUCACCCCAUUUUCUUCACGGCUUGCUCUCCAAGGUUGAAAAUGACCAAGAUGUGUCAAGGGCUUUGUCAAAAUUCCUUCGAUACAAUCCCAUUAAUGAGUUUGAGCCCUUUCUGGAGAGCUUGGGUUUGGCUCCAUCCGAGCUCAUAUCUCUUCUUCCUCAGAGCUUGAUGUUUUUGAGUGAUGAUGAAAUCAUGCUCGAGAACUUCCACGUCCUUUGCAAUUAUGGGAUUCCUCGUACUAAGAUUGGUAAGAUAUACAAGGAAGCAAAUGAGAUAUUCAGAUACGACUCUGGGGUAUUGGUUUCAAAACUUAGGGCUUACGAAGAACUAGGAUUGACCAGAUCCACGGUUAUUAAGCUUGCUAGUUGUUGCCCUUCGCUUCUGGUUGGUGGUGUUAACAAUGAAUUUGUUGCAGUUCUUGAGAAGUUGAAAGCAUUGGGAUUUGGAAAUGAUUGGAUUGGAGGGUAUAUAUCCGGCAAAACCACUUACAAUUGGAACAGAAUGCUCGACACAAUUGGCUUUCUUGGUGAAGUUGGUUAUGGUGAGACACAAAUGGGGAUUUUGUUUAAAACGUAUCCUGCGUUACUGUUUGAAGGAUCUGGGAAAAGAAUCUAUAUAUUGGUUGGCAUGUUACUCAAAUUAGGUCUCAAGAUGAAUGAAAUUUACUAUUUGUUCUUACAAAAUUCUCAAAUUCUAUCAGUUAAGUGUGCCAAGAAUCUAUGGCAAGCUGUGUGUUUUCUGUUUGAUAUAGGAAUGGAAACUGGAGACAUCGCAAAUAUCAUAGCUACUAACGUGCAACUGCUGAGUUCACGCACUCUGCAACAACCCAAAACUGUAAUGAAAAAUUUGAAGGUUGAGAAAGGUAGUUUAUGUCAAAUUAUAAAGGAAGAUCCUUCGAAGUUCUUCAGUUUGGCUUCUAAAUCAGUUUCCAAGGGCAUAGAACAGUUAUCUUCUCAAAACCAACAUAAUUUUCUGAAGAAGACAACAUUCUUGCGCAGAUUAGGUUAUGUUGAGAACUCGGACGAGAUGACAAAAGCUCUGAAACUUUUCCGGGGCAGAGGUGAUCAGUUACAGGAGAGGUUUGAUUGUCUGGUACAGGCCGGGUUGGACUGCAAUGUUGUAGCAAAUAUGAUCAAACAAGCUCCGUCUGUGCUAAACCAGACCAAAGAUGUGCUUGAGAAGAAGAUCCAUUGUUUGAGAAACUGCCUGGACUACCCACUGGAAUCUGUUGUGGCAUUUCCAUCAUACUUGUGUUAUGAUAUGGACAGAAUAAACCUUAGAUUUGCGAUGUAUGUGUGGCUGAGGGAGAGAGGUGCAGCAAAGCAAACAUUGUCCUUGAGUACAAUCCUUGCAUGUUCAGAUGCACGAUUUGUAAAGUAUUUUGUAAAUAUAGAUCCAGAAGGUCCAGCAAUGUGGGAAAGUUUAAAAAAAUAGUUGCCUUCAAGCUAAGAUGAAAUUCUGUGCUGCAUUUAAUUUAUAUAUAUAUAAUUAUUUUGAUCAAAUAUGCAGAGGUGCAUUUUGGAUACAGUAAUUUGCUUUGCUUUCUCAGCCAAGUCCAAGCAAGGGGGGUGCUCUUUGUUCAUGUUGUCAGAUUGGUCCGAGGACUAGCAAAAGCAGGGAAUAAAGCCAAAUCCCAUUUUUGUUGCAAGGACUCCCCAAAAGAAGCUGAGAUGUGAUUCUCCAUUGCUGGUUCUACUGGAUGGUUGCUUGGAAGAUGCGUUUCAAUAUAUGCUGGGAUAGCUUGGGUGUUGGAUAGCCAUGGAAAUAUUAAUUGCCCAAUCUCCCAUGGUAGAUGAAGACAGAGCUUGCCUUAAAGCCAUUAAGUUCUGCAUCUCCCAAGGCUACAAGUGUGUGGAGGUCCUAUUUGACUCAAAAAGGUUUUUGUUCAAGUUUUGCAAAAUGGUGAUAGACUGGACACUAGAUAGCUAUUAUUGUUAAAGAUACACGAGGAAUUAGAAGUUGUUUUGAUUCUUUCAUUAUUAGGAAGGUUUGUAGACAAACUGAUAAUAACUGCCCAUCAGUGCCAGAGUCAAUUUUGAUGUUUUCUGCUAUCAGUAUUGAAUGUAUUAAGUAGAAAUAAGCUUAA